AUGGAGGCAUCACGGGGACCGCCAAAGGUCAAAAACAAGGCCGCCGCGCCUGUUCAGAUCUCCGCGGAGCAGCUUCUUCGUGAAGCCGUCGACCGUCAAGAGGUUGCUUUGCAAGCACCUACUCAACGCUUCGCCGAUUUGGAGGAAUUGCACGAGUUCCAAGGCCGAAAGCGAAGAGAGUUCGAGGACUACGUGCGGCGGAACCGAGUCAAUCUCAACAAUUGGAUGCGAUAUGCUGCAUGGGAGCUCGAGCAGAAAGAGUUCAGACGCGCGCGAUCCAUUUUCGAGCGAGCACUCGACGUGCACCCCAAUUCAGUCCCGCUCUGGAUCAGGUAUUGCGAAUCGGAGAUGAAGAACGGUGAUAUCGCACAUGCGCGGAACCUCUUUGAUCGGGCCGUCGCCCGGCUCCCCCGUGUUGAUAAGCUGUGGUAUAAGUAUGUCUACAUGGAGGAAAUGCUCGGCGAGAUCCCAAAGACCCGUAGCGUAUUCGAUCGUUGGAUGCAGUGGCAGCCUGAUGAAGCUGCGUGGAGCGCCUAUAUCAAGUUGGAGAAGAGGUAUGGGGAGUUCGACAGAGCCAGGGACAUCUUUGAGAAGUUCACGCAGGUCCACCCAGAACCGAGAAAUUGGAUCAAAUGGGCCCGUUUCGAAGAGGAGUACGGCACCAGUGAACUGGUGCGGGAAGUGUACGGGAUGGCCGUCGAGGCGUUGGGCGACGAGUUUGUUGACGAGAAGCUCUUCAUCAGCUAUGCUCGCUUCGAGGCGAAGAUGAAGGAGUAUGAGAGGGCCAGAGCGAUCUACAAGUACGCCCUGGACAGGUUGCCUCGUUCAAAGUCUAUGCUUCUUCACAAGGCCUACACGACAUUCGAGAAGCAGUUCGGAGAUAGGGACGGCGUCGAGGACGUUGUGCUGUCAAAGCGGCGUGUCUUUUACGAAAACCAGGUCAAGGAAAACCCAAAGAACUACGACACAUGGUUCGACUACACAAGACUCGAGGAAACCGCGGGUGAUCUUGACAGGGUGCGGGAUGUGUACGAGAGAGCUGUUGCGCAGGUCCCGCCGGCUCAGGAGAAGAGAUUCUGGAGGCGAUACAUCUAUCUCUGGAUCAACUACGCCAUCUUCGAAGAGCUGCAGGCAGAAGAUGUCGAAAGGGCGCGGCAGAUCUACAAGGUGUGCUUGGAGUUGAUCCCUCACAAAAAGUUCACCUUCGCCAAGAUCUGGCUUCUCAAGGCGCAGUUCGAGAUCCGCCAGGGAGAGCUCACAUCAGCACGCAAAACCCUGGGCCAGGCCAUCGGCAUGUGCCCCAAGGACAAGCUGUUCCGAGGAUACGUUGAGCUGGAGCUCAAGCUCUUCGAGUUCUUGCGGUGCCGAACCUUGUACGAGAAACACAUUGAGUGGAACCCAGCCAACUGCCAGACUUGGAUCAAAUUCGCCGAGCUAGAGCGUGGCCUGGACGACCUGGACCGGACCAGGGCCAUUUUCGAGCUGGCAGUCUGUCAACCAGUUCUCGACAUGCCCGAACUCCUAUGGAAGGCGUACAUCGACUUUGAGGAAGAAGAAGGCGAGUACGAAAGGACAAGAGACCUCUACGAACGUCUGCUCGAAAAGACAGACCACGUCAAGGUCUGGAUCAGCUAUGCCCACUUUGAGCUCAACAUCCCCGAAGACGAGGAAGGGGCGGACGAGGAGGCGCCAAUCAGCGCCGAGGCCAAGGUCAGGGCCCGCAAGGUCUUCGAGCGCGCACACAAGAGCAUGCGGGAGAAGGAUCUCAAAGAAGAAACUGUCACGCUGCUCAACGCAUGGCUGUCGUUCGAGAAGACGCACGGCGCCGAGGGGGAUGUAGAGAAGGUACAAAAGCUUAUGCCUCGCAAGACGAAGCGCAGAAGGCGCCUGGAGGACGACAGCUUCGAGGAGUAUAUCGACUACGUCUUCCCCGCAGACGACAAGCAGACCCAGAACCUGUCGAACCUGCUAGCCAUGGCGCAGGCCUGGAAGCAACAAGGAGGAGACGCCACGGCAUGA